UUUUGGUAGCUAGACAUGCCUUCAGCAAUGCGACUUCGGGCUCAGAUCCAUUCGGUUAGUACUUUGCUGCCCGCGGAUAAGAUGCUCGCAAGCAAGAAAAACAUAUUUACGGGUAUCAUAGCUUUAACAUUGGUGGUUCUGUACAUACAAUUUGAGACGAUGCAGAAUGAAAUAGUUAACCGAAUAACGGAUCACCGUAAAACGAUUUUGCGAUCGGAUGCACUUAGUGAACUGACUACUGUAACGAGCGAUUCGUUACUGAUAAAUCUGAGGACAAAAACGUACCGACCGUGGGUGACAAGUGCUAACAAACCGGGAUUGUUUCGGAUGCCUGACAUGCAAAGUUAUGAAAGUGAGCUGAAACCAGAGAAAAACAUAUUUUUUGUAAUGUCUACGGUGAUCGAAGACGAUAUAGCGAAGCUAACACCUCGACAAUCGUGUGCAAUAGAGUCUGCUGCCAGAGCUAACUCCGAUUGGAGUGUAUUCGUCCUUUUCACAUCCGCUAGAAUGUUUAGCUACCAGAAUAGCACCAACAUGGUGCCAUUGCUGUUCUAUUCAAACAUACACUUCAGGCGCUUGAAUAUGGAAACCUACGCGAUUGGAACUCCGUUGGAGAAGUUCUUCCGAGAUAACUCCCUACGAAAUUCCCUUUUUAUAGUGGAACACACUUCCGACGUUCUGAGGCUGCUCACGUUGUACAAAUACGGCGGUACUUAUCUGGACUCUGAUGUGGUUGUAAUGGAUUCUUUGAACGAGCUACCGCACAACUAUCUCGGAUCAGAAGGCGAUGGUUACAUUGCUAACGGCAUCAUUAACCUGCAAGUUACUGGAUAUGGUCAUACUGUGGCAGAAGCUUUUUUGAAUGAAAUCGCCGAGAAUUUCAACGGUUCGGUAUGGGCAGCAAACGGUCCUGCAAUGGUAACACGAGUUAUGCGAAAAUUCUGCAACGUUACCAACGUUUGGGAUAUGACGCGAGAAAGGUGUGGCGGAAAAAUGAGUAUCCUUCCGCCAGAUACGUUCUUUCAAGUGACGUACCCGCGUCAUACGUGGUACUUUGAGGAGGCACAUGCAUCAGAAGUGAUGGAAAAAGUAGCCGGCCACAUUCUGACUCAUUUGUGGAACAAAUUGACCGGGGGCAUAGUGUUAAGGAAGGAUAGCCCAGUCGCAUACAUUAUACUAGCGAAUGUCUACUGCCCAAAUGUAAUAAAUAAUUGCAAGGAAUAUUUUUAGAUGUUCGCAAAAGUGAAACAUGA